GAUGCGUUGUGCUGCUGCUGGUGGUGGUGGCAGCUGAAUGUCUGUCGCCGGCUGGGACUCAGAUCGGAUUGUACCGUAUCGUACGCUAAAUUUGAUGUUUGAUCGCUGCGAUCUGAUGUUUGAUCAUGAGCUCGAGCGCUGUGGAUUCCUCACAGUGGCUGUCAGUGAAGGAGGAGACGAUCUUCCUGCACGACGGGCUCAUUCGGGUCACGGACCUCGCGGAGCUGCCCAGCGAGAUCGGAGCCUCUGAACAAGCAGAAUGCGAACAGGAGAUCUUGACCUUUGAGACCAAAAACCCAGCGGAGCUGUCCGAGCGCCUGCGAGCUGUCUGCGGCAACCAGAGCAAUGCCUACGCAAGACUCUUGGAGUACCGCCUCAACGCGCUGCGAGGACUGUGGGGCGCACAGCGGCAGCUUGCCCUGGAGGAACAACAGGAACAUGAGGGGGUUUCAGGGAGUCACGGAGGGGUCGAUGACGAGACCGUGACCCUGCUGAAACGACAGGGCUUCCUACAACAUCACCACCACCCGCCCAGCGGCAGCGAUCAGGCGCCCUUUACCUCGCGGGUCGGCCUCCUUUUGGUCUUUCCGCUGUUGCAGUCGCAAACCCGGCACGACCCUUCGCUGUGCGGCGUCACGGCGGAGGUCUUGCUCGCCUGCCUGCGGGACUGCCAGCCGCUCAGCCUUGGCAAGGAACCCACGGACUGCCUGAACGGCCUGGAGAGAUUACUGUGCUCCUGGCUAGAGGGAGGGAGCGAUGCGGAGGGUUCCACACUGGGGCGCCCGCUGCUCACCCAGCAUCAGAGACAGAACGCCGCCGCUGCGCUGGUGGCUCUAGCAUGUGCCAGGGGAUCUUUGAAAACGUUCAUUCACACGGUCCACCUGCUGCAGAAACAGACGGACCUCGGUCAGCUGCCUGUAGCUGAUGUUGUCUAUAGACUGUUGCUGCUUGAGGGGGGUCCAGGCUCUCCCUCCUGUUUAUUAGGGGGAAAACAUAGUGUGUCCUGGGGCUUUGAGGACAUGUUGCCCACCCCAGAGAGCAGUGCUGCUGGAUCCGACAGUAAAGACACAGACCUGGGCCGCAGUCUGGCUACAGAUGGUUUCUAUCUGUACACAACAAACUCUUUUGGAAAGGGCUUAAGCAAGCUGGGCUCUGGGCUGCAUGGGACAUUGAGGGGUUUCGUGUACUGUCGGAAUGAGGAGCUUGAGGCCGGGUGGGUUGCGCACAGCAGCGACUGUUUACUGCACCGCCCCGCGACCUUUGACACUAAACCUCAUCAGCUGUGUCAGGUCAUCGACCCUUUCACACUGCAGGUUUCACAGGUAGUAGCGAUGCCCCCUCAUCACUUCCCAGUGGGCAGCAGUCUGACCACCCUCCGUCUGUGCUCGGACGGCACGUACCUCUACUGGGUGUGGUCACCUGUCGGCCUCAACGAGAAGACUCAGAAAGGUCACUCUGUCUUCAUGGAUGUCUUCCAGCUGACGACUGAGUCUGGUGCGUGUGUGGCCAGUCCCAUACAAGAUCGAGUCAUCCUCUCGCGGAAGGAAGGCGAGUCGUCCAAGUGUUUGAACGAAUUACUUCUGAGUCGCAUGUCUCGCUUUCGAGCGUCUCACUCGUCCACUCUGGCGGCGCUCACCGGCACGGCCAUCACAAACCCUGUCAAAGAGGAGCAGUCUGUGGUGAACACCAGCUGUGGUCUGCCUAUAAAAACACUGAGAAAGAGUCCGAUGUAUGUGUGUGGAAGUUAUCUGGUGAUAUUGGGACCUGCUCCUGGUGUAGCUGGCGGUUCUGCCACUCGCUCGCUGUUCGGCGGCUCCAGCGGCCUUUCAUCUCUGAAGAUCUUGGCAUCUAGUUUAGUUUUUAACUUGGCUGAUGGUCAGUUUAGCAACCGUGCGGACCUCAUCGACGCUCCAGGAAGUUCUCUGGGCCGUGGAGCUCAGGUGGCAGGACUGGGAGCGUGCUACGAUACUCUUAACAAUCUGAUCUGGACGUGCUCUGGUGACUACAUGGACCAGUGGUGUAACCCUGGCAACCAGGCCUUCCAUCAUGUGUGCCAGCGACUCGCCGUCAGUCACGUCAUCACACAGCCCAAAGAGGACAUGAUUGACACGUCUGAAGUGAUAAACCAGCUCCUCCAUCACGUGGGUGCGAUGUGCAUCCAUCAGCUGAACGCGCUGGCAUCCAGCAGCGCUUUACACCUCAACACCUUCAUCGGGAAACAGCCCAUGGAGUCGUGUCAUUUCAGCUCCAUUUGCGACGUCAUGGAGAAGGCCAUGGUGAAGGGAGACACCUGCAUCAUCCGCUGCAUUCUGGUUGUCUUUCAGGUGGUCUUCCAGUUUUUCAAUCUGAACUCUGAACAGAACCGUGAGAGCAUCAGACGCUCUGGACUCUUGCUCUGGCAGUUACUGAUGGCUCCACUGGAUCAGAUUCAAGCGGAUAUCCAAAGAGAAGUGUGUCUCGCAAUCAGCUCGGGUUUGAGCACCCUAUACCAGAGUGAGACAGAACUGAACAAUUUACUGAAAUUAGUUUUCACCGAAGGCGAGAGAAACACGGGUUUGUCUCAGUUACGUGAUGUGAUCUUAAACAACCUUUCUAACCAGCUGCAGAAGAACCGCUUCUGUAGUGAAGAUGAAGAUCACUACAGAUUGAAAGAUGAACUGUUGCAGUGUAUCCUGAAGACCGUCGUACGAGAAUCAUGUCUCCUCAUCACCAAAUGUCAAACCGUUUCUAAAGAAGACCUCCAGAAGCUUCUCUCCACGGUGCCUGUGGCGUCUCCGAGCUUGCGGUAUUUAAUGGCAGUUCAGAAUCAUUUGCUCAGUAACACAGUCCUGCUCCACCCUGAUGAUGGAGACGACAGCGACAGCUCUCUACAGGGUGAAACAAUGAAGGUACAGGAGCUGCAGGCAAGUAUUCUCUCUCUGGCAUCUAAAGUUCUGGUUGGAUGCGAUGAGGUGCUGGAGACCCUACAGCAGGUCACGAACGCUCUGAUCAACAGCACCGUCAGCGAUCGUGAAGCCAGACUGAGGGGACUCGAGCAGGUGACAAAAGCCACGAUGUUGGGUCACCUGCUGCCGGUUCUGUUGACGUCACUGAUGCACCCGAACCUGCAGACGCUCACGCUAGCCGACGCUCUGAUGCCUCAGCUGGUUCAGUUGGUCCUCUACACCAGUCAGACGGCUUUACUGCUGAAGACACAUUCACCUGUGUUUGUUGAAGAUUCCCCUGUUAACCAGACCUCCAAACUACCACCAUCACAUGACAGUUUCCAGAUUCUGGAAGAGAGGGAGGAGCCAGGCUUUCUGACCGGCCUCAAGAUUCCCGCCCCAUGGGCUGCUGGGAAGACGGUAGAAACUCUUCAUCCAGUGAGAGAUAACUACAAAUUUAAAGACACGGUACACAUCCCCGGAGCUCGCUGUCUGUAUCUGCGCUUUGACCCGCGCUGCUCCUCCCAAUACGACUAUGACAAGCUGGUGAUUUACGCCGGACCCAACACAAACAGCCGCAAAGUGAGCGAGUAUGGAGGAAACACAAUGGGUUAUGGAAGCCGCAGUGUCUUGGGUACCGGCUGGCCCAAAGAUCUGGUCAAGGUGGAAGGAGAUACGGUGACCUUCUCUUUUGAGAUGAGAAGCGGUCGUGAACACAAUACUCCAGAUAAAGCCAUGUGGGGUUUCUCCUGCACGGUCCGAGCACAGGAGUCAUCAGAGGACGUUUCCGGCGGUCUUCCAUUCUUGGCUGAUCUGGCUUUGGGUUUGUCAGUGCUGGCCUGUGCCAUGCUGCGCAUCCUCUACAACGGCCCUGACAUCACACGAGAGGAGGAGACCUGUCACGACCUCCUGUGCUCCAAACUCCUGCAGAGGUGUCAGUGGCAGGUUGAAUCUAACGGUGCCAUAUCUCCCGCGCUCACCCCCUCUCCAUCUCCACUUCCCUUAACCAUCGACGAGGAGCAAGAGUUCACCUAUCCGUCAGACAUCCUCGUACCCCCUCCCGGCCCCGUGCCGGGGACCAGCUGCGAGCUGCCCCGCAUACACCUGCCGCCGGGCAUUAUGGGUCGUCUCCGGGAGCUGUCCGGCAGGGCCCGUCCUCAGUUCCGCCCCAGCAUCAAGGAGGUGAUUCGUCCUGAUGUCAUGGAGGAAGUCAUCGUGUCGUGUGUCGUCAAGCAUUUGGGACUGGUGGACGCCCUGCAGUCGCUGGUAAACUUCCAGUACAGAGAAAUGCACAGAGAGGAACACGACCUGCUGUGCAAGAUCGUGGCUGAGACCUUCAAGAAGAUCAACGCAGUGGAGAGACAGUUACAGACUGUAGCUGAGCUGGAGCAGAAGUGGCAGAACGAAGUCGAUGAAGCUCAUCAGGGAAAACUUGAGAACAACGCACCGUUCUUCCACGACUAUCACUUCUAUGAGAAUCAAAUGAAGGAGCUGGAGCUUCUGUGUUCUCUGAAGGAAGUCCCGCUGGACUGCACGGACCCGGAGAACGCCGUGACGGCUCUGAGCGAGAAGUUCUUCCAUGAGGUGAACGCCACACAGCAGACCAAAACAUCUGUUCCGCUGGCUAAAACUAAAGCGCUCAUGAGAAGUCUGAUCAACCGCUCGGAGCUGCUGCUACACGUCACAAUAGCACCACAGUGCAAGAGUCUGACCUCCACACCUACGUGUGCUCCAGCCUGCAAGUCAGUAUCAGACGCUAAAUCCAUCCUUCCUGUGACGAAGCAGCCCGUGUUCCUGCGCAGCAUGUCUGCACCAUCAGAUCUGGAGAUGAUCGCCAACAGCGACGUGGAGUUUACACAUGGAGCUCAGAGGAGGCGUCUUCAUCCGUCCAGUCACAGGAGCAGUUCCUUCACGCUUCUCCAGUCUCUGGCCAUUGAAGACAGUAAAGACAAGCCCACAUACAGCGUUCUGCUGGGUCAGCUCUUCGCUUUCAUUGGGACGUCUCCAGAUCAGGCCGUGUCCAGCAGCAGUUUUCUGUCGGCCGCUCAGACACGCUGGCGUAGAGGUCGCACGCGCAAGCAGGCCCUGGUUCACAUGAGAGAACUGCUCACCGCUGCCGUCCGUGUGGGAGGAGUCACGCACCUGGUCGGCCCGGUUACCAUGGUGCUGCAGGGCGGGCCUAGAAUCGAGGAAUUGACCUGCGGUGGAAUGAUGGAGCAGGUUCAAGAGGCUUUUGGAGAGACGAUGACAUCAGUGGUGUCUCUGUGUGCCCGGUAUCCCAUCGCCUGUGCCAACAGCAUCGGCCUGCUGUGCACCAUCCCGUACACCAGGAGUGAAGAACAGUGUCUCGUGCGCAGCGGAUUGGUUCAGUUGAUGGACAGACUGUGCAGUCUGAGCAGUCAGAGAGACAGCAGCUCCAACGAAAAACAAACCAAAAAACAAAAAGUAGCUGCUAUGGCCUGGGCCGCGUUUCAGGUGCUGGCCAACCGCUGCAUCGAGUGGGAGAAAGUGGAAGGUGGCUCAACAGACGCGGUGCAUUCUGGGCUGGCACGUCAGGUGUCCAGCUUACUAACCAAUCAUCUGGCUCGAGCGACGGACUGCUGCGGGAAUCAAGCGGCCGGGAAUGACGCCCUGCAGGAUGUGCUCAGUUUACUCAACGAUCUGUCCAGGAGUCACAUCGGCAAGACCAUCCUGAGUCAACCCGCCUGUGUGUCCAAGCUUCUCUCGCUGCUCCUGGAUCAGCGGCCGUCGCCCAAACUGGUUCUGAUAAUCCUGCAGCUGUGCCGCGCCGCUCUGCCGCUCAUGAGCGUGGAGGAUUGUGGGAAUGUGGCGCUCCCGUCCUGGAGCUACUCCACGAGCGCCCUGGACGCCGAACAGCAGGACGCCAGUGAUCCGGCCUUCCGCAUCGCCUCACUGCUGCUUGCCAAACUGGCAGACUACGUGGUGCCUGGCUGUCAGACUCUGCUGUCCCCCAGCACCUCUGAGCCGGACACCAGUCUCACCCGUUCCUGUCCCAAGAGCAGCGUGAAGACCGACAGAGACGCCGGUGAGGAGGGCGAGGCGGUGGACGGCAAACUCUCCAUUUUCAUCCACAAGAGAGAAGAUCAGUCGUCUCAUGAGGUGCUUCAGCCCCUACUGAGCAGUUCAGAGGGACGCCCGUUCCGUCUGGGCACCGGAGCAAACAUGGAGAAGGUGGUGAAGAUGGAUCGUGACAUGACGAAGAGCGGCUGUUGUGAGGUCAUCACAGAAGAAGCCUCGUCUGCUCUCCGUAAAGCCAAUAAAUGGGCUCAGUCUGGACUGAUAGUGAGUGUUGGACCGCCGGUGGAGAGCAGCAGUCAGGAGAACACCGGAGGAGCGACCACAGGUGAUAAGAAGAAGACGGCUCAGUCUACAGUGUGCAGAGAGAGGAACGCUGAACUGGCUCGAUCAGAUCCAGUGAGGCCUUUCAUCAGUGGUCACGUGGCUAACAGCAUGGCCGCUGAGGUCAUCGCUCUCCUCCACAGUCUCCUGACGGCACCCGAGUCCAACGCGGCUCAGAUAUGGACCAGCACGGCAGAGAAGGUGUUGUCCAGGGCUCUGAUGUUCAUCCCUCAGUUGGGGAAGUAUGCCGAGAGUAUUCUGGAGAACGGGAACAGCAGCGGCAGGAAGUUGGCUAAGCUGCAGGCGAUUGGUCGACAGGCUGUGGCGGCUCUCUGUGCGUUAGGUGGAUUCAAAGAAACCAUCAAGAUCGGUUCGGAAGUCCAGGUGGUUGGUACAGGUGUGUUGGACAGUGUUGGUGUUGUCAUAUCCAUCAAUGAGCAGGAAGGCAUCGCCACGGUCAAGUUUCCGUCCUGCGAGUAUCGUCGCACGAGUAAAGCGUCUGACAUGCUGACGGUACCCAUCUCUCGUCUCUGUACGCCCCGCUCUGAGGCUCUGCCGCUACACAAGCUGUCCAUCACAGAGAAGGUGGUGCAGGCGGUUCAGUCCAUGCUGCUGCCGCAGGAGGGCAGUCUGUCCAUCCACACGUCCCUCCCAGCAUCUGGAGACGGGUCCAGUCCUGUGAUGGCUGUGGUGCGUCUCCUGGCCGAGAUCAGAACCAGGGCGUGUCUGGUGAUGGCUCAGUUGUUGGAGGACAGCUCAUUCUGCGAGGAGUUUAUUCAGCAGUGUCCUGCAGCUGUGGAGGUUCUCAAUCUCAUCGCUCAAGAGUGCAGCCCAGGAGAGCGUCUGGGUGUAGUGGAGGCUCAGUGUGAGAGGGUUCGAAUGCUGUAUCGAGACUGCGCUCGUCCUCCUCCACCGCCCCUACAGACUGAUCAACGACAGCCGAAGGAAAUCACAUGGUGUCCGUCGCGCGUCUUCCCGCCGGUGCGUGCCUGUAUGUUCUCGUCACACUUGACCUCCGUGACCUUCCUGGCAGAUCCGAGCGCCGGUGGAGGUCUUCCCAGAGGAACCUUCAUCUACGCCACCUCACCGGUGCCCGUUCAGGCUCCUUCGUUUUACUGGGAGAUUGAGAUCAUCUCUUACGGAGACUCCGAGGAUGACAGCGGUCCUAUAGUUUCUUUUGGAUUUUCUCCAGAGGCAGAGAAGAGAGACGGAGCGUGGACCAAUCCUGUGGGCACCUGUCUCUUCCACAAUAAUGGUAGGGCCGUGCACUAUAAUGGUUCCAGUUUGCUGCAGUGGAAGAGCGUGAGAUUGGAUGUAGCGCUGCUUCCUGGUGAUGUUGCAGGUAUAGGUUGGGAGCGUUUGGAGGGAACGCCGCCUCCUCCUGGACAGCCACCUAAAGGCAGGGUGUACUUCACCUACUGUGGCCAGCGUCUCUCGCCUUACCUGGAGGACGUAGCUGGAGGCAUGUGGCCUGUCGUCCACAUUCAGAAAAAGAAUACGAAGAUUCAUGCCAACUUCGGGUGCCGUUUGUUUGCGUACGCGGAGGGGCAGGCGCACCGCAACGCCGCUGAUCUCUGCAUGGACCUGUCGGAAGAAAUCAGCGCCAACUUCGAGGCUCUGCCCUUCGCCAUGGCAUCAGACAGCGAUAAUGACGCCGGCACCAGCGUGGCAUCUGACUCAGGUUCUCACGGACCCCCGUGUCGAAUCGCUUCGGUUGUCACCGCGCAACAACAAUACAACACCGAUGCAUCUUGCCACUAUAAGGUCGAGCUGAGUUAUGAGAAUCUGGUGGUGUCUGGACCGAACACUCACCCGCCACCCACUGCUGAUGAGGACAGUGACGAUGAAGAUGAUGAAGAUGUUCCCAGGGAGGAUCAUUAUGCUCUGUUAGUGAAAGCCUGGGAAACCAAAGUGUUCCCGACCAUCCGUCGUCGCUUCAGGAAUGAGGCGGAGAGAAAGUCUGGUCUGGAUCAGAUUAAAGGAGCUCUGCAGCUGGGUAUGGUUGACAUUGCACGUCAGACCGUGGAGUUCUUAUAUGAGGAGAACGGAGGCGUUCCUCGUGAUCUUUACCUGCCAACCAUUGAGGACAUCAGAGAUGAGGCCAAUAAGUUCACCAUUGACAAAGUCCGCAAAGGUCUGACGGUGGGCAUCCGCUGUCCUGAAGGGAACAACACCUGCAGCACAGGUGGCACAGCUUUACCCAAGUUUGCCAUCCGGGGCAUGAUGAAGACCUUCGGUUUGCAUGGAGUCGUGCUGGAUGUCGACUCUGUGAAUGAACUGGUUCAGGUGGAGACGUACCUGCGGAGUGAGGGUGUGUUGGUUCGGUACUGGUACCCCAUCGAGAUGCUGGAGAGACCGCCGGCAGGAUCCCGCAGGGCUGCGGCCAACGGCCUGGUGUCUCUAGACAGCAGCAACAUCCAGAUCCACAGGGAACUGCUGCGCUGUGAAAGCGCUCUGGCGCGUCUCUACUGUCGCAUGGCUUUGCUCAACAUCUUUGCCCCCAAGAGCCCUCACACGUUCACACGACUCUUCCACAUUCCUGCUGUGCGUGACAUCACCCUCGAGCACCUGCAGCUCUUGUCCAAUCAGCUGCUGGCUCCGCCUCUGCCAGGUGAGGUCAGAGAAAUAGAUGGAAGUAUCAGCUGUAAGUCAAUCCUGUUGGCUCAGUCUGUUCUUCAUGAGCUGCAGGGUCAGAGCUGCUCGCCCACCGAUCUCUUCUAUCAGGGUCACGGCCGGAGCAUCCGCGAGUGGUUGGCGGUGGCCAUCAGUCGAGCUCUUCAUCAGGGCGAGGACAGCCUUCUGGAGCUCACCAGACAAAUCUGCUGCUUUCUGCAGAGCGCUCCUGAGCAGUUCACACUGGAAGAGUUUCCCAUCAGCGAAUCAAAGGUCAGCAUGGACGUCAACUUCCCCGGCGCCGCCUUCGUGGUCGUCUCAUGUAAAGAGAGUCAGCUCGGCUGUCGAAAAGAUUCUUCUCUGUACAAGGCUCCGUGGGCUCGUGUCAUGGUGUAUGGACUCGGUCAUAAGGUGCGGCGGAACGGUCAGCUGAAUCUAAUGGAAGCGGUGUGUUACCCACUGGACGCCUCUCCAUCAAACACAGGACUCACACCUCCUCCCACAGCCAACCAGUAUCCCAGCAUCAUCAUCCCCACGGACAGAGUCCACGUCAAACUGGGUGUGUCUCCUGCUCCCGGCGCGGUGAUGGUGUUACACUCUCUGCCUCUUGAGUUUCCAUUGGCUAUGGCGUUUGCUGAGCAGCUGCUGACCUACAGCAUCGGAGAAGCCAGCGAUCGCUCUGAGGAUGAGCUGGACACUGUGCCCACCUCUGUGCUCCUGCAGGUCAUCGAGUUGUUCGGUGGGCUUCUGUGGACUACCGAUCUUGCUCCUUGUAUCAAGGAGCUGAUCUUCCACCUGCUGGCGGAGCUUCUUCGCAAGAUCCACGCCUUCGAGCGUCACAAAAGCCCCUCCGGCUUGUCCAGCCCUGUCACGCUUCUCCUGAACCCCUGUCUAACGGUGCUCGUGGUUCUCCAGACGGAACUGCGGAAGCUUUACGAUCACGAGACGCAGAGUUGGGGGCCGGUCGCCGGUUCCUGCGCUUCUUCCACGGGUGGUGGCGGAGCGCUGGCGCUGGUGGGCGAACGAAGCCGCUUCUCCACUUACUUUCACGCGCUGAUGGAGGUUUGCCUGGCGGUGGCCGAGGUGACUCUUCCUCUGAGCGGUGGGCCGGGGGCGUCUGCGGUGGGAGCUCCGUCAUCUACUGGCACCGCCAACUUUAGCGACUCCUCAUCUUCUUCCUCGUCCUCCCCGGGACAGACGCCGCAGAGUCCGAGUUUGCUUUCGAAGCGCAAGAAGGUGAAGCUGAAGCGCGAUCGGACGGCGGUCACAGGGAAACACGGGUCCGGGAACGGCGCGAGGGACGGCGACGGCGCUUUGCUGAACAUGAGUGGAGGGAAGCCGGAAGACAUGCUGUGGUUCCACCGAGGCUUGACUUUACUCUUGAUUCUCAGACACCUGGCUAACAAAGACCCGCAGGGGUUGGGCGUCACCGGAGACGCCGUCACAGACGCCUGCCAAGCGCUGGUGGGAUCCACGGCUCACAGUCGCUUGCUGGUGCUCUCGGGCAUCCCGACUCACCUGGAGGAGGCCGUGGUGCGGAACGCCAUCCGAAGAGCCUGUAACGCUCACGGUGGUCUCUUCAAAGACGAGAUGUUCAUUCCGGUUCAGGAGGAGGAACCUAAAAGACCCAAAACCGAAACUCCGGUCGUCACUCAGGACGUGAGGAAAGUUCUUCCCCCGAACGGCAACAGCGCGACACCGUUGAUGAGCACCUCGCCUUCCACCAGUCAGAUCUCUAAAGGGGCCGGUGAGCUGCUGGCGGAUCAGGAGACGGUCACUCCGUCACAGCCUCUGGAUCCUCACACGGUGUCCAGUCAGGAGAGUCUGGACGUGUCUCUCUGCAGCACAGGAAGUCAAGGGAGUCUCGGCAGUCUGGGAGAGCAGCUAGAUAGCGGCACCACGUCCGUCUCAGAUGGAGGAUCUGUGUAUACCGUGGCCUCUCCAGACAUCAGUGCCAGCGUGUCACAACCCAUCAAAGGUUACGCUGUCAUAGAGGUAAGAGCACGGGCUCAGGUGGAGAAGAUCCGUGCCAGUCUUUUCAACAGCAGCGAUCUCAUUGGCCUUUCCAAUCUGGAGAGGGAGGAGGAGCUAAUGGAGAUGACCAAUGAGGAGAUCCUGACCGUCUCGAGUGUCAAUCAAAGUCUGUUUGACACUCAAGGCAGCUCAGCCCUGGAGGAAUAUUUCCUCGAGAAGUCGAUCAGAGGUGACAAACUGAUUCCCAGGGCGCGUGACGUGCUCACCGAUAUCUUUAAAAGCUGUGUGUACGCCGAGCAAAUGCUGAGCCCCGCACCCACUAAACCAGUUAAAGUGUCAGACAUUUAUCUGAGCAAAGAGCAGAUCAACUCGGCGAGCCCCGGUAACCUCCUGCAUGUGUUCGUCACGCACGUACGGCCGCCAAAGAAAGUGCUGGAGGAUCAACUCACGCAGAUUCUGCGUAAAUAUGGCACGGUGAAGCCCAACAAGAACAAACACAGCAAGGUGGGCAAAGAACAGCAUCAGGGUAAAGUGGUCAGUACCAAGAGACCCAUCACCAAACCCCCAACCAAAGAGAAAUCCAUGCUGAACAGUGUUCGAACUGUAUUAAGUGAGAAAAAAACUGUCCUGAAGCCCAAAUCUCCCGAGAAGACCAAACCUGAUGAGAAAGAUCCAGAAAAAUCUCCUGCCAAAAAGCUAGAAGUGCCAGAAGAGAAGUUCUUGACCCUGGAGGGUUUCCACAAGUUUACACUCGAUCGAGCCAAACAGGACAUCCGCAGUGUUUGGAGAGGCGUCCUGGCGUGUGGUUACGAUCUGCACUUUGAACGAUGCACGUGCAUCGACUCGCGUCACGCUCAGAAAGCCAGCAGAAAAUGGACCUUUGAGAUGGAUUUUGCUCUGGUGCAGUUUGUCAACCGUCUCUGUCGGCAUCUGGCCAUCACUCCCGCACGUCUGCAUCCUCAUGAGGUUUACCUGGACGCCAAAGACGCCGCCGACCCUCAGGUCACGUGUUUGUUAGGUGUGCCAGUGGAGAGUCUGAGACUCCGCUUCGCUCUGUUACAGUCACUCAACAGCACGCUGGAGAGCUUCUUUCUGCCUCUGGUUGAGCUCAGACAGACACAGAACUAUCAAAACAGCCUCGCCACGCUUCUGUGCGAGGCCAAAGGUCUUACUUUUUACGACACCAAAGUGACGGUCAUGAACCGGGUUCUGAACGCGACCGUGCAGCGGACCGCAGACCACGCAGCUCCUGAGAUCACCCUAGACCCGCUGGAGAUAGUUGGAGGUGAGACGCGUGCGGCAGAGAACACCUACUUCUGUCAGGCGGCGCGGCAGCUGUCCUGCGUGCCCUCGUCUCAGCUGUGCGUCAGGAUCGCCAGCGGCGGAGACCCCACAUACGCCUUCAACAUCCGCUUCACCGGAGAGGAAGUGCACGGCACCAGCGGAUCCUUCAGACACUUUCUGUGGCAGGUGUGUAAGGAGCUGCAGAGUUCUGCCCUGUCGCUGCUGCUGCCCUGUCCCAGCGCUGCUGCCAACCGCAACAAGGGGAAGUUCAUCUUGACCCCGUGUCCCGUCACUUACGCUGAGGAGCAGCUCUUGCACUUCUUCGGUCAGCUGCUGGGCAUUGCCAUCCGGGCGGAUGUUCCUCUACCUCUGGACCUGCUGGGAUCGUUCUGGAAAGGUCUGGUGGGUGAAGCGCUGGACCCAGAAACUGACUUUCAAGAAGCUGACUUGCUCACCUACAACUACUUCAAGAAGUUUGAUAAUCUGGCGGAUGAGGCGGAGCUGGAGGCGCUCUGUGCUGAGGUGUCGUCUCAGGGUCACGUGAACGAGAGCCCCGAUUCACCGGCUCGCCCCUGCUGCACCUUCACCUACAUCACCAUGACGGGAGAGGAGGUGGAGCUGUGCCAGGGUGGCCGUGACAUCGCUGUCAGCUGGGAGAAUAAAGGCAUGUACGUGCGGGCGGUGCGUGAUUUGCGUCUGCGAGAGCUGCAGAAUGUCGAGUGCAUGUCUGCCGUACGAGCUGGACUGGGCUCCAUCAUCCCGCUUCAGCUUCUGACCUUACUGAGCCCUGCUGAGAUGGAGCUGCGCACCUGCGGCCUGCCCGACGUCAACCUGGAGUUCCUCAAGGCUCACACCAUGUAUCAGGUGGGUCUGAUGGAGACGGAUCAGCACAUCGAGUUCUUCUGGGCGGCUCUGGAAACGUUCACCCAGGAGGAGCUCAGCAAGUUCAUUAAGUUCGCUUGCAACCAGGAGCGCAUUCCCUUCAACUGUCCCUGCAAAGACGGAGGUCCGGACACCGCUCACGUGCCCCCCUACCCCAUGAAGAUCGCCCCGCCUGAUGGGGCAGUAGGGUCGCCGGAUCUGCGUUACGUCCGCGUGGAGACCUGCAUGUUCAUGGUGAAGCUGCCGCAGUACUCGUCCCUCGACGUGAUGCUGGAGAAGCUCCGCUACGCCAUCCAUUACCGCGAAGACCCUCUGAGCGGAUAAACCCCUCGUGACCCUGUCACCACGCGACCUUAAGCCACGUGUCACUCAACAGAGGAGAAACGGACGUGAACCGACAGACCAACUUGCCUUCACACGGACGGACGGAUGCGGGUUUGACUGGAAGACACUUUUAUAAAGCAUGUAGAUAUAUGAUGAGAGAUGUGAAGCUUCACCUGAUUUACUCUCUCACUGAUCAGCAGCUGUUUUAUCCUCAGUGCGUCUCGGUCACGGACGUGACGGUCGACGCAUCUACAUCCAGGCGGAAGCUCGUUUUAGCUUUAUAAAGGAAUUGAACUCGCUGCUUGAGAAGUUUGAAUAUACAUUUGAGCGAAUCUCACCAAACCUGUCGGGACAUCAGCAGAAGACGAAAUUCACCCUUUUUUGACACGUUAAGGAUCGUUUUGAACGUGCGAGAUGUCUUCAUGGCAGGGUUAGCUGGGCGUUGUUCUCGACAUGUUUGUGAGAUUGGCUCAUUUAAACUCUUGGUCGACCUAUCCCCCGUUAUGAAAACCAGCCGUUGAUGCUUUGAGCUCAAACGACGCAUGUGGUCCAGUAUACAUAACCAGACUGCUUAAGACACAAAUAUCCGCGUGUGAUGUUAAAGGUGCACAUACAGUAUAUAGUUCAGGUGUGUAAGAGGAAUGGAGUCAAUAACAGGCUAUAGACAUAUACAACACACAUGAGACGUUUGAGCUGAAUGUGAUGUCUGUUCUCUUUAGUUUCGGGUGCUUUUCAGUUUGAGAAUCUCAGUUGCCAAACGUUAAACCCUUGAAUCUGUUUUCAGUUGCCAAUGACGUUACCGCCAUACGUGCAGUCCUGCUUUUAUUGCUUACACGAAAUGAUUUUGCAGCCAGUUCUACUGCAUGAAUAUUUCCAUCGAUGUCACGGUCACCAAAUUUCACUUUUGUUUCCUUAAAACGUCUAGAUUUCAUCCCCCCAAAAAGCAGUUGAGUUUGAGCUUUUUAAUCAUUCUUCAAGCUCUGAUGUUUCUACUGUUCUACAUUUGGAGCUUCUUUAUAGGACUAUGUUGUAAAUCAGUUGUGAUAUUUCUGGUGAAUGAGUUGAGUAAUGUGAAGCCAUCCGGACAAACACACCCGAUGCUACUAUACAUCAUCCACUGCAGUGCAUUCAAAAGAUCAACGUGUGCGCGCGCGUGUGUGUGUGUGUGCUCUGGUCAGCUGCUGCUAUCACAGAUAGUCCCAUAUUUCUCGCUGUCGGGCAAAGAGUCGGACAUAUUGAUGUGAAAAACAUCCGCACAAGGAGCCGAAUGCAGUGAAAUACAUGUUGUACAUUUACUUGAGGAUAUUUAUUACAGUUAUUUAUGAUUGCAUUAAUACGAGUCUUAUCUCUGAGCAUCUGCUGUGUGAAUGAAUAUACAGAAAUGAUGAUGAGCUGACUAUCUGUCAUCAUAAUAAAUAUUGAUGUAUUACACAA